AUGGCGUUGGUAUCGAAAUCCAGAUUAAUUUCAAUAGAUGCAUUCUAUAAGGCACAGGAUGAUGUUAGAAUUAGAACUAAGACAGGGGCAUGGAUGACUAUCUCCUGUCUUUUUGUUACUUUCCUACUACUGUUAAACGAAUGGAUCCAAUUCAAAUCAAUAAUAGUUAAACCAGAAUUGGUCAUUGAUCGUGAAAGACAAUUGCCUCUAGACUUCUCAAUUGAUAUUGUUUUCCCAAAUAUACCUUGUGACAUAUUGACUUUUGAUAUAAUGGAUGACAUGGGUAACCUUCUCAUUUUUAAUGACAACCCAGAUUCUCAGUUUGUUAAAUAUCGUAUAAACAACAUUGGUCAGGAAUUGGGGGAAUAUAAACCUGUCUUGGCCGAGUCCUCUUCUAUCAGUGAUAACAAUAACAAGGACAAGUCUGCAUACUGUGGUUCUUGUUAUGGUGCCAUUGACCAGUCUGCUAACUCUCAAAAGAGUGAUCCUAACGAAUACAUCUGUUGUCAAACGUGUUUUGAGGUUCAAAGGGCAUAUAUAUCGGCAGGUUGGGCAUUCUUUGAUGGUAAAAAUAUUGAACAGUGUGAAAGAGAAGGUUAUGUCUCGUCUUUACAUAAACAUUUAAAUGAAGGUUGUCGUUUGAAAGGUGACUCCAAAUUGAAACGUAUCAAUGGUAAUAUCCAUUUUGCUCCAGGUUAUUCUUUCCAAAGCCUUAACGGUCAUUUCCAUGACACUUCUUUAUACGACAGACUGAAUAAUAUCAAUUUGAAUUUUAACCACAUCAUUAAUCAUUUAAGUUUUGGUCCACAAAUCGCAAACAUCAAUAAUAAUAACCAAGAGCACUCAUUCUUAGUCCAAAAUGAUAAUCAUAACAUUCUAUCUGUCGCAACAUCGUCAUUGGAUGGCAAUCAAGUGUUACCAGAUUACAAUUCUCAUAAUUAUCAGUUCAAUUAUUUUAUUAAAAUUGUUCCAACAAGAUAUGAAUAUAAAUAUCACACAAAAAAAAUCAUUGAGACUGCACAAUUCUCUUCAUCUUUCCAUUCUAAGCCUGUUACCGGUGGCAUUGAUUCAAAUGAUCCCUCUAUAACUCAUCAACGUGGUGGUACACCAGGUGUUUAUUUUAACAUCGAAAUGUCCCCUUUGAAAGUUAUUCAAAGAGAACAACAUAAAAUAUCUUGGUCUGGGUUUUUCUUAAACUGUAUUACCAGUAUUGGUGGAGUCUUAGCAGUUGGAACUGUGUUUGAUAAAAUCAUAUAUAGGGUACAAAGAAGUUAUUCAACUUAUAAAAAUAAAUAA